UUAAUCAGAGUGGGAAAUUAUUUUGUAAAGUUUGCUAAGUAAAAUGUUUAUGAUGGUGUAAAUUUAUGAAACGAAUUAAUUGGUAUAAUGAAUCUUAUGAAUGGUGGCUGUUUGUCUCGUUUUAGUCGGGUAAAUUUUUGGACUACGCCAUGUUGUAAAGUCUUUCUAAAACCAUCACAGUCUGCCAGCACAGAUCCAGAGGAUCGGCGUAAAGCGGAGUGGAACCGCGCAAGGCCGUCAGAGAGAUUGCAGCUCAAACCGUGCGCUAACCAAAGAAUACCCUCAACCUUUCUUCUCACACAAGUCCGUUACAAGUGUCCACCACCCAAACUUCACCGAGAUGUCGAAUUCCCAAACUUCGACGCUUACAGGAAAGAGGAUUACACGGAUGUCAGGAGAACCACGUGGGGCUCAGGUGAUGCCAAACCUGGAUACACUUACGUUAUGGGCUUCUUUGGUUACUUGUGCGGGGGUUACGCGAUAAAAACGUUUGCAUACGACUUGAUAACAUACAUGGCAGCCCCAGCAGAUGUGCUCGCAUUGGCGUCGAUUGAAGUCGACCUAUCUAAGGUGGCACCAGGUGGGUGUUCGUCGUACAAGUGGCGAGGGAAGCCAUUGUUUAUUAAGAACCGCACUGCAGCUGACAUAGCUUUAGAGGAGUCGACGCCAGUGGCCUCUUUACGUGACCCGGAAACCCAGGAGCAGCGGUGCGUCAAGCCAGAAUGGUUGGUGGUGAUUGGCAUUUGCACGCACCUUGGCUGCGUGCCGAUCCCAAACUCUGGCGACUGGUCGGGAGGCUUUUACUGUCCGUGCCAUGGAAGUCACUAUGACAACAUCGGCCGAGCGCGCAAGGGACCAGCGCCGUUAAAUUUGGAAGUUCCGCCGUACAAAUUCAUUAGCGAUACUCUUAUUCUUGUCGGAUAAUAUUAUUGAAUGGUGAUAAUUUUUAUGUAUUUAAUUAAAUGCUGAUAUA